AUGAAGGGAAACAGGCUUGUGAUUCCAGAAGUACUCCGAACAGACAUAUUGAGAUAUUUACAUGAUGCACAUCAAGGUGUGAGUAAAUCGCGUGAACAUGCGAAGAAUUCUGUUUGGUGGCCAGGACUGUCUCGUGAUAUUGAAAAAGUUGUGAGAAACUGCAAUCUUUGUGAGAAAUAUAGACGAGAUCGAAUCGAACCAAUGAGAGGAACAGAAUUUCCAAAGAGACCAUGGUCACGAAUUGGCGCUGAUUUUUUCUAUUAUAAGGGAAACAACUAUCUUCUAGCAUUUGAUUAUUAUUCUCGCGAUAUAGAAAUUUGCAUCGUAACCAAGAAUGUUGAUACAGCAGAAACUGUAUUGAAAAUGAGGAAGAUAUUUUGUCGCCAUGGUAUUUGUGACGUAUUAUUUUCAGACAAUGGUCCACAGUUUGAUUCAAGACUGUUUAAAGAAUUUGCUAAGGAAUGGAACUUUGAGCACAUUACGUCAUCACCGAAAUAUAGUCAGUCAAAUGGUGAAACUGAAACAGCUGUCCAGACGAUGAAGGCAAUUCUGAAUAAGUGCGAUGAUGAAUAUCUCGCACUGCUGACAUAUCGAAAUACUCCAUUGCAUAAUGGAUAUUCGCCUUCACAACUGAGUAUGGGCAGAAAGCUGAAAACUAGAGUACCAUGCCAUCCAGACGAACUUAUACCGAAAGUUCCGGAAUACUCUAAACUCUGUCAGAGGGAGAGAGAAUAUAGGAGUAAAAUGACAAAUGAUUAUAAUCGUCGACACAGAGUUGUUCAGGGCGAUGACUUAUCUCCGGGCGACAGAGUUUGGAUACCAGAUUUGAGAACUGAAGGGAGAGUGUUAAGCCGACACUUUGCUCCAAAAUCAGUUUUGAUUGAGACUCCGAAAGGUACAGUUCGGAGAAAUCGACGUAUGACUAGAAGAAUGUUAGGAGAUACUCGGGAUGCAGAAGAUGUUUUUGAACCAACACAUAUAUCGUCCAGAGAAGAAGAUGAGAAUCAUAAUUCUUCAAGAGACAAUAACGUACAUCCUACACAGCCUAGUGUAAGGAGGUCAAAUAGAAUACGUCGAUCGGCAAGACGAUACAUUGAAGAAAUGUAA